AUGGGAGUUCGAGGAGCCUUCCACCUUCUGCUCAUGUGCCUGAGCCCAGCACUGCUGUCUGCUGUGCGGAUCAACGGGGACGGCCAGGAGAUCCUGUACCUGGCAGAAGGUGACAAUGUAAGACUGGGCUGCCCCUACAUCCUGGACCCUGAGGAUUAUGGUCCCAGUGGGCUGGACAUCGAGUGGAUGCAGGUCAAUUCAGAACCUUCACAUCGGGAGAACGUGUUCCUUAGUUACCAGGACAAGAGAAUCAACCAAGGCAACCUCCCCCACCUGCAGCAGAGGGUCCGCUUUGCAGCCUCAGACCCCAGCCAGUACGAUGCCUCCAUCAACCUCAUGAACCUGCAGGUCUCCGACACAGCCACCUAUGAGUGCCGGGUGAAGAAGACCACGAUGGCUACCCGGAAGGUCAUCGUCACCGUCCAAGCUCGGCCCGCAGUGCCCCUGUGCUGGUCUGAGGGCCACAUGGCGUAUGGCAACGAUGUGGUGCUGAAGUGCUUUGCCAAUGGGGGCACCCCGCCUCUCUCCUACAAUUGGGCCAAGAUCAGUGGGCACACCCACCCCUACCGGGCAGGAUCCUAUCACUCGCAGCACAGUUUCCAGUCUGAGCUGUCCUAUCAGGAGUCCUUCCACAGCUCCAUCAAUCAAGGUGUGUAUAACGGCGAUCUGGUGUUGAAGGACAUCUCCCAUGAGGACAAUGGGCUGUACCAGUGCACGGUGGCCAACCACGUGGGCUACAGUGUGUGUGUGGUGGAGGUGAGGGUCUCAGACUCCCGGCGUGCAGGCGUGAUCGUGGGUGCAGUGCUGGGCUCUCUGCUCCUGUUGGGGUGCCUGCUGCUGGCCAUCUGGGCGCUCACCUGCUGCUGCUGUGGGGGAGCUGGCGGGGCCCGCGGGGCCUUCGGCUAUGGCAACGGCAGCAGGGUCGGCGGAGGGGCCUGCGGAGACCUGUCCAAUGAGAUCAGAGAGGACGCCGUGGCGCCCGGGUGCAAGGCCCGCGGGCGCGGCAGCCGCGUCUCCCACCUGCUGGGGUACCCGCCGCAGACCGCCCUCCGCUGCCCGCGCCGCGAGUGCGCGUCCCCGCCCUGCGGCGGCCCCGAGGACGUGGCCCUGGCGUCCCGCACCGCCGCCUGCGAGGCGGGCCCCGCCCCGGUCUACGUCAAGGUCACCUGCGCCGAGUCCGAGGACGGCGCCCGGGGGUCGCGGCUGGGCAAGGACGGCCUGGUGGUGUGA